GGGAGUGCGCGUGCGCGGCUGGCGCGCUCUUUGUCGUCAUCAAGACGAGCGGCCGCCGGUGGUGUUGGUGAAGAAGUAGGAAAGCGGCUAUGGCGAGUCCCGCUGCCACUUCUGUGAGACCGCCCAGGCCCAAGAAAGAGCCGCAGACGCUCGUCAUCCCCAAGAAUGCGGCCGAGGAGCAGAAGCUCAAGCUGGAGCGGCUCAUGAAGAACCCGGACAAAGCCGUUCCAAUUCCAGAGAAAAUGAACGAAUGGGCUCCUCGACCCCCUCCAGAAUUUGUCCGGGAUGUCAUGGGUUCCAGUGCCGGGGCUGGCAGUGGAGAAUUCCACGUGUAUAGGCACCUACGGCGGAGAGAGUACCAGCGGCAGGACUACAUGGAUGCCAUGGCUGAGAAGCAAAAACUGGAUGCAGAAUUUCAGAAGAGGCUAGAAAAGAAUAAAAUUGCUGCAGAGGAGCAGACUGCAAAGCGCCGGAAAAAGCGCCAGAAGUUAAAAGAGAAGAAGUUACUGGCAAAGAAGAUGAAACUGGAACAGAAGAAACAGAAGGAAGAACCCAGUCAAUGCCAGGAACAGCAUGCCAGCAGCUCUGAGGAGGCAUCUGGAACAGAGGAGGAGGAAGAGGAGCCCAGCGUUGUCAUCAUGGGGCAAUGAAGAGUUUCAGCAGUCGUGAGCCUAGCUCAUUCUGUGACCAGCCUCAGAAAAGAAAAGGCUGUGUGUGAUCAGCUGCCAGACUGUCUGUAUUGGGAGAAGGCAAGUGCUUCCUGCAGCCCUGCCUGCCUGGGGAGCAGAGGGAGCAUCCCUUAGACAUUUGCAGAUUGCAUACUGUAGUCUGCUCUGCUCCUGCUGAAGGGAAGUAAGUGCCUCACCUUCCCUGGUGCCUGUUCCCUUCUGUUUGACCAGCAGUGAGCUCCGGGCUGGUUUGUGUGAAGGGAAUAUUUAUUUAGUAAAGAGCAGAAAACCUUUAGGUCUUGUCCAUACGUGCGAGAUGUUGAUUCCCAAAGCCUCAGCAAAGCCAUAAAAUGACAGAGAGACUGGGCCUUGAGGUGUGGCAGGUCCUGUUGUGUAGACCUUCUUCCAGGCACAUGGACUUCACUCUGGGAGAGGCUCGCACUUCAGGUGCACAGCCCUGUCCAUUUAUGGAGCAGUAGAAUUCAAAGCUGCAGGUCUGUGCCCAUCCGGCAGUUCUCAAAACAAGUAUGAGCCAACGGGGGCCUUCAGUAGGGGCAGAAGGAGAGAGGAUCUAGGAAAAAAGCAAGCGAUGAAAGAAAGCAGGAGUGCCCCAGAGAGUGGGAGGCGGAGACAGAGAUUGGCCAAAAGCCUUCCUCCAUAACUGGAGAGGGUGGAACUCUUAGGUAUGGAAAGUUCUCCUGUCACCAGGAUUUGGAGGCAGCCAGACUUUCACUGAGUAUCCUUGAAUGACUGGUUCAAACCUGCUGUGUGUACUGGCCCAUAGUGCAAGCAACUCCCACAGAAUAUGGGAGCCCUGCCUGCCUGGGGAGCAGAGGGAGCAUCCCUUAGACAUUUGCAGAUUGCAUACUGUAGCCUGCUCUGCUCCUGCUGAAGGGAAGUAAGUGCCUCACCUUCCCCUGGUGCCUGUUCCCUUCUGUUUGACCAGCAGUGAAUAUGGAGGACCAGGCAUUGUGCCAGGGAGAAGACCUAGGACUGCCUUGGCCCUCAGAGUGUCUCCAGCUUCCAAGUGUGUUGUGUGCCUUUUAUGGAUGUUGGUAGCAUUUUGAGUGAAAGGAAAGCUAAGAAUAUCUUCUACUUUUUAAGUUUUGUGUUGUUUUUCAAUAGCUCAUAAAUGUUUACAGUAUAUUUUGACCAUGUUUACUCCCAUUCUCUUACCCCACCCCCACCAGGCCCUUUUCCCAACAGCUCCCUCUCCUCUUUCAUGCCUUGUUUUUGGAGUGGCACGCUGGGUUUCUUUAGGUUUGCUGAAUGAGCUUGGGUGAAACAUGGGAACCUUUCCAGUGGUACUGCCUCUGAAAAAAGUGACUCCCCCUCUCCUUUUACUUCCAUAGCACAGAUUCCAUGGUCCCACUCCGAGCCAUGUGACAUCUGUGAUAACCUCUAACUAUUUAGCAGUUGAGUCAUAUAAGAUGUUCGCAUCUAUCAGGACUAGUGUUGUGGUUUUGUGGCUUGUUUUUGAUUUUCCUCUUACCCAUCAGUGUCAAGGUUCUUGCCUUGAGCCUGCUGCCUAGACCUCAUGGGCUCUGGCUCCUGUUGGAUGAGGGCUGCUGAGCAGCAAGGCUGGGCCUAAAGCCUCACCCUCUGCUGCCUCAGCUCCAGACAAGCCCUUCCCUGCCUCUGCCGGUGGGCCUGGCCCAGAACUGCAUUCGGCACAUGUGUCCAGCAGCUUGGGAAUAGCUAAACAAAGGGACUCCAGGCUGACUGCUGAUGUGGAGGAGGGAACAUCUGGAUGGAGAAGGUUCUGGCUGGCAAAGGUGUUAUCAGUACUCUACGUUAGUUGACUCUUGGUCAGUCUUCAGACUGUUAAUUUGGUUGGGGAAAUGGAGCAGUUAGGUGGCGUCAUUGAGGUAGGUGGGUCAUACUGCCAGCCAUCUCAAAGCCACAAAGAGGUGGAUCAUGCCCUUAUGUUUGUUGAGGGUUCAUGGGUAGAGAGAGUCCUGGCAGCAAGUCCCGAGCCCUAUAUAGCAUAGCUGUCUCAGAAAGCCUCAUGAAUAUGGCCAUCACGCCCCAAACACACCCAGUCUCUCCUGACUUCAGAAGCUAAGCAGGCAUGUCCUGUGCUCCUCAGGAGGAACAAAUGUCUCUGAGGGUCCUGGUUUAUCCUUUUCAUUUACUCUCUCAACAGACAUGGUUGACAUCCUGUUCAUUUAGAGUAGUAUGUUCUUUACCCUUCUGCUAGAUUUCUCAUGGAGGUUUCUCUUGUUAGAGAUGGUGGUACUAGGAUUGGACCAGCCAUUGUGACUAGGACUGUCAUGGAUGUGCUGUCCUGGGGAGAGCUUGCUGGUAGCAUCACUUCAGCAGGAGAGGGUGCCAGGCUGAAGAUGUAUAGCCUUCCUUUGAGCACACUGUGUGUGUGUGUGUGUGUGUGCGCGCGUGUGAUGACUUUCAUAAAAGGUUGCUUUUUUGUAUGAUGGUGUGUAGCUCAUGAACCUGUGUGUACAUUCCAGAGGCCAAAGGGCAUCACUGUCAUGCUUCCUAUUACGUCCUCGAGACAGGGUCUCUGAGCUCAGAAUGAGCUGGUGGCUAGCAGGCCCUGGCAGUUCUCUGACCCCCACGGUGCUAGGGUUACAGGUAUGCAUACCCAGCUUUUUAGUGGGUGCUGGGGAUUUGAACUCAUGUCUUCAUACUUGCAUGACAAGCACUUCUACACAUUGAGCCAUGUCCUCAGCCCUCAUAAUAAACUAUAGUAAAGGGCUAGAGAGGUAGCUCAGCGGCUAAGAGCAUUUUACUGCCCUUUCAGAGGACCAGUGUUUGGUUCCCAGCAUCCACAUAACAGCUUAGAACCACCCUUAACUCCAGGACCUGGCACCCUCUUUUGACCUCCAUUGGCACUAAGCAUGCAUAUGGUGUAUCUGCAUGCAUACAUGCAGGCAGACAAAACACAUACAUAAAAUCUACUAGAGCUGAUCCCCAUUAUGCAUGGAUCCCAUAUUUGAGAAUUGCCUAGUCAAAUAAGAUUUGUGUGUAGCCCACAAAUCUAUACUUGCUUGCACUCAAAAUGUCAAAAAGUUUUAGUGGCCUGUCAACACAUUCCCAACUGGGGUUGAAAUCAACCCCACUUCCUAUUUUAGCUCAUAUUCUCCAUGUCCUUCCCGUGGUCUGUCUAGUGACCAGUGUUCUGUGUCCUUUGGUUCUGUUGGCAGAGUUGCCGUUUAAAAGGUCUCUCCAGGCAUUAUGCUAGGGUGCCUAAGAGCAGGAAGUCUGGGAUAUGGCUGAUGGAGAAAGUAUGUUUGAUCAGCUUUCCUCGGCACUGAGUAUGGCAGCACUGCUGGCUGUGAGCCUUGUGUUAAUGAAUCAGUGGUAGAAAGUAAGGGGGCAUGGUGAAUGGUUCAGCUGGUAAUGCUAAGCCUGGCACUCUGAUCUCUUGAACUUAGGUGAUAGAAGGAGAAAACCAACUCCCAAAAGUUGUCCUCUGACUUCUACACACACAAAUAAAUAAAUAAAUGUCA